GCAAUCUCCACACAAUCAGUCAUCCACGCCUUUCUGAUGUCAAGAUGUACUUGAAAACAUAGGUUUGUUGGGAAUAUAUAAAUGUACAAUGUACCGUGCAAAACCAACAUCUCUUAGUCUUCUUCACCAGGCACUAUCCUCCAACUCACAUAACCCUUAUCAUCGCAAACAUGGUCAAGAUUGAACCUUUCGCCGUAGAACAAGUACCACCCCUCAUUUGCUCUCCAAGUCCAAAACAUAUCUAACUUCUAAAAACUCCAGUGGAUGGACAAAUACGAAACCACACCUGAAGUCGUCAAUAUUGCCGAAACAUGCGCAGCUUCAAUUUCAAUCGAUGACCUCGUAAGGUUAUCCGAGGAUCCAAAUCUCCCUCAUCCAAUAUCAACUUCGACCAAGCUCACAUAUGGACAUAUUCGAGGAUCCCCCGUCCUUCGUGAACGUCUUGCAUCUCUCUAUUCUGCAAGGACUUCAUCCGCUUUAUCUCCAGAGAGUAUCCUUCUUACACGCGGUGCAAUCGAAGCCAAUUUUCUUUCUCUAUACACGUUGAUCGGACCGGGAGAUCAUGUAAUUUGUGUACAUCCUGCUUAUCAACAACUAUACUCAGUUCCACAAAGUCUCGGUGCGGAAGUUUCGCUAUGGAAAUUACAAAAGGGGAAGAAAUAUAUUCCUGAUUUAGAGGAGUUGAAGGGAUUAGUCAAGGACAAUACCAAAAUGAUUAUUAUAAAUAAUCCCAAUAAUCCAACAGGAGCUACAAUCCCUAAGUCCGUUUUGCAAGGCUUGACGACUUUUGCGAAGGAGAGGGAUAUUAUUAUCCUAAGCGAUGAAGUCUAUCGACCUUUAUUUCACGGAAUCUCAGUAGCUGAUGCAGAGUUUCCCCCUUCCAUGGUGUCCAUGCCUUAUGAAAAAAUCAUUGUUACUGGCUCCCUUUCAAAAGCCUACUCUCUAGCUGGUAUCCGUGUUGGCUGGAUCGCAUGCAGAGAUAGGGCUAUCAUCGAAGACAUCGCAGAUGCUCGGCACUAUACAACUAUUUCUGUCUCGCAGCUUGAUGACCAAGUUGCUUCGUACGCAAUGAAUCAAUCAGUCAUCCAUGCUCUCCUCGCUCGGAACAUCAAGCUCGCAAAGACUAAUGUGGCACUUGUGGAAGCUUUUGUCAAUGAACAUAGUGAGAAUUUGUCUUGGGUAAAGCCAAAUGGAGGCACAACAGCCUUCAUCAAGGUGGAAAAGAAAAGGGAGCCGGUGGAUGACGUCCAGUUUUGUGUGGAUGUCAUUGAGAAGACUAAGGUUAUGUUCCUGCCUGGCUCCAAAUGCUUCGGAGAGGAAUAUAAGGGCUAUGUAAGGAUUGGAUUUGUGUGUGAGACCGAAGUUUUGAAGGAGGGGCUGCAAAAACUAGGAGGAUAUAUUAGGGAAAACUUGAGCUAGAGAAUGAAUAGACCUGAUAGAUGAUUCAGAAAGCCCUUUAAAUGGAGAAAUAACCUUGAAAUACAAACAUCUUCCUCGCUCCACAAUGCA